AUGUCUGCCGCUCCUCAGAAGCCCAGGGGUUCCUACGGGUCGAACGUUCUAUGGGCUCAUCUGCUACGCAAAGACACGUCCUUGAUGCCGCAGCCCUCCCUGAGCAGUAAUUCUAUAGGUCCUAUAACACCGACCGACAAGACCGGCACAUCUAUGCGUAUACUCUUACAUGAUACACAAGCUACCCUGGAGAAAUUCUCGGCGCGGGUCGAUAAACUGACGUCGGGCGUAGAGGAGACGAAGAGGGAGAUGGUGACUAUGAAGACGCUGUUCGGCGAGGAGCACGAUAAGGUUGUCGAGCACACGGUGUCACUUGUGAACAGGUGCCAGACGACGUUGCAGUCCUCCAUCGGAGCGCCUGCCCAGGCAGUCAAGGUCCAGGAAAUUUUAGACGAUCUAUCUUCGAAAGGGGCGAAGCUCGAAUCUCUGGAUAAAAAACUUGAGCUACUUCAAAUGGUACGCUCAUAUCCGCUGCUUGCUUCCCUCGUCAUUGGUGGCCGCAUAUGA